ACUUCACAACGCUACGCUAUCAUGCAUUGUUGUUUGUUUUACACACUUGAGCUCUGGACGAUUUAUGUCUGUAAAAUGAACUCAAACUCCACAAUGACCUCACUGUAUGUGGGUGAUCUGCACCCUGAUGUCACCGAGAUGAUGUUGGUGGAGAUGGUGAGCCAUGCAGGACCUAUUCACUCUGUCCACAUGUGCAGGGACAAGAAGACCUUCUCCUCACGCGGCUACACUUUCGUCAACUUUCUGCAUCGAGCUGAUGACUGGCGAACCCCUCCCCAUCUUUACUUCUGAGAGACUCGGCCUUUCUG